AUGGAACAACAGAGCAAAUCCUCUAGAAACAGCUCGACAACGCCUAUGGAUAGUACUGGUGUCUCUCAUAUACUGGAGCACACUACUCUGUGUGGGUCUAAGAACUAUCCUGUACGGGACCCUUUCUUUAAAAUGUUGAGUCGAUCUUUGUCCACUUUUAUGAAUGCAUUUACUGCUAAUGACUGGACCCUAUAUCCAUUCUCAACUCAAAAUUCAAAAGAUUACAGGAACCUACUCUCAGUCUAUCUUGAUUGUAUUUUUCAUCCCAAUUUGCGUGAGAUGGACUUCCAUCAAGAAGGAUGGCGAUUAGAACAUGAGAGCCCUAACGAUAAGAACUCACCCUUAGUAUUCAAAGGUGUGGUCUUCAAUGAAAUGAAAGGAGUUUUUGGUAACCCUGAGAAUCUGUUUAUGAUGGAACUUCAACGGAAGCUUCUGCCAAGCCACACCUACUCUCAUGUUAGUGGGGGUGCACCAUUGAAAAUCUUAGACUUGACGUGGGAAGCUCUGAAGGAGUUCCAUUCUAAGCACUAUCAUCCAAGCAACUCACGAAUUACUGAUUCUUAUCAGACUCUUGUACAAAAUAUUAUAUGUAAAUUACUUACUGAUGGACCAGCAUCUCCCUUUUAUCAAGCUCUUUUGGACGCUAAUAUCGGAGCUGAUUACUCACCUGGUACAGGGGAAGGCUUUCCAGAGCAGAGAGUCAAAGCAAUGCUUCAUCAAAUAGAAAUUAGUUUAAAACACCAGUCAUCAAAUUUUGGUCUUGCAAUGAUGAUGGAGCAGCUGCAAGCUGACCCCACUUACCUUCAACAAAAAAUUAAGGAAUAUUUCUUGGACAACAACCAUCACAUGACAUUAGUCAUGUCACCUGAUGACUUCAGUUACUGGAAGAUCAAAGCAAAGUACAAGAGACCACGCCUCCAGGAUGAGGAACGUCUUUGUGCACUUAUUGCUAUGUCAGCGUCUGCUCUAGCUAUGUCAGUUGCUGAUAAUGGUCACACUUAUGCAAUGUCUGCAGCAGCUGCUACUAUGACUCCAGCUGCUGAACUGGCAGAAAUUUUGGCGGGGUUAACACAAGAAUCAGAGCACUCUCCUAUAACAAGCCACACCCACUACCAGCUUCCAUUCCCAGUAAACUACGUUGCCCAAUCUUAUAAGACUGUUCCUUAUACUCAUGAGGACUCCCCACGUCUCAUAGUACUAGCUCGACUCCUCAGUUGGAAAUACCUCCAUAAAGAAAUAAGAGAAAAGGGUGGAGCUUAUGGAGGUGGAGCCAGACAUGGCGAUGGAAUAUUCUCCUUUUUCUCCUAUCGGGAUCCUAAUUCAUUAGAAACACUUGACCGUUUUCAAUCUUCUAUUGAUUGGGUAACUAAAGGAACAUUCUCACAAGAGGAUGUCGAUGAAGCUAAAUUGUCUGUGUUUUCACAAGUUGAUUCUCCUGUAGCUCCUGGAUCGAAAGGUGCUAAUUUUUUUCUUAGAGGGUUAACAGAUGAAUUACGACAAAGAAAUCGGGACAAAUUAUUUGAUAUUAGACGUGAUGACCUCGUGAUUACAGCAAAGAAGUAUAUUAUAAUUAAUAUUAAUAUAUAA